AUGCAACACCUCCGCCGCGAUCUUGUCGAGACGCCGGGCGUCUGGGUCCUGCAGCCGCCCAUGGCGGGUUCCGCAGGGCCGGCGCCGCGCGCCGCCGGCAGCUUCGGGGGCGGUUCCGGCAGCGCCCGCGCCCGCGGGGCGCGCUGGGCGGACCUGGACGACACCCCCGCGGCGGGCUCCGCGGCCGCGGAUGGCGCAGCGGCGCAGGUGUCCGUGCAGCAACCCAACACCGCGUGCGGCGGCGCCAGCGGCGCCCCCUUCGAGGCGGACAGCGCGCGGUCGACCUCGGCGGCGUCGGAAGCCGGCGCGGAGGAGGUCCGCGAGCGGUGGGCGGACAUCGGCAGCGACGGGGACGCAGGAGCCUGCCGGCGAGGCGGCGGCCGCCCCGCCGCCGCCGGCGAGGCGGCGGCCCCCGCGCGCGAAGGAGGCGAGCGGGAGCUCGUCGUCGGGCGCCGCGUGGCAGCCGCUGGCCCGUCAGGGCGCCCAGCCCGCCGCCGGGGGCUCGGCGAAGGGCUGGGCGGCGAGGGGUGGCCGCGACCGCCGGCGCGGCGCCCCCUGCGGCUGGGGCCAGCCCGCCCGCAGGGGGCCCUGGAAGGCACGGCCCGCUCGGGGGCGGCGGGAGGAAGGAGGGAGCUCGGAAGAGCCCACCUUCCGCGUGGUGCGGAGGCUCCUCGGCCCCCACGGGCAGCACGUGAAGCGCAUCGCCGAGCUCACCGGCGCCAGGCUGCGGCUCCGCGGCCGGGGCUCCGGCUUCCUCGAGGGGCCCGAGCAGCAGGAGAGUCCGCCGACCCGCUCAUGCUUUGCGUCAGCGCCCCCCGCGGCGCGUACGACGCAGCCGUGCGCCUCGUGCGGGAGCGCCUGGAGGACCGACGUGUACGCUGA